AUGCUGCGCAAGGCCACCCCACCCCCACCCCAAAGUAGAAAAAGGGCCGUGAGUGACUCCCGUGAUAAAAAAUCAGGUAUGUUUGGGCCAUGAUGGAGAUGACUGCGCGGACAUGCAUACAAAAUAGUUGAUGAUUUUGCAAACAUUUUAUUUCUGAAAACAACGUUAAUUCAAAAAGUUGAUACCACCAGUGGCGUCCACAGUGGUGUGCAUUUGUUCCUUUUUUAAACACAUAUAACUUUUAAUCUAUGUUCAAAUGGUCACAUAAAGCAACAGGAAGCUGGCUUCGGCUUACCAUCACACUUUAAACAAGGACACUGCCUCUAAAAGGGAUAGCUCCUCACUCUCUUUGUCACGCAACUGCUGCUUGCAAGACUAUAAUCAAUAUGGCGGGCUAUGUGAGCAAGGAGACUGGAGCCAGUGAUAUAUUAUUGUUCCCAGAUAUCUUGUCCAAGUCCGCCCUUUAUUCCCAGCCACGUUUACUAAAUUUAGCCUAACAAAGUUAGGUAAACCCCUGUCUUACGUUAUUUCUUUUCGAAUGCAAGAAAUUCGUGUAUUUCCGACCUUGAAAAUUUGAAUUUGGCGACUCCUCGCCUAGGCUCCUCGCGCUCGUCUUUUUCUUUCACUGAGUCUUCAGUCCUCUAAAAUAAGGUUUUUCUAGUUUAGUCAUGCUCAAAGGCUUAUUUUGAUCGUUUGCCAUUCUCGUCCCCAGAACCACUCGGCUUAAUUUGUAAUCUCCCCUCGUUUCAAGACCACGUGAACAAGAAACGACGGACUCUGGGGACGAGAAUGUCGGUAGCGGAAGUGGAAACGGUAAGUUAUCAUCGCUCGUCCUCCUCCUUGAAUCGACGUGGUCGCUUUUUUUGUAAGUUUUUCGUUUCGCAAUGGCCACUUUUACAACAAAGAAAGCGAAAGUAACAGAUCGACGAGCGAGGAUUACUGAUAGUAUCCGACUGUAAGUGGAGGCUGAAAGUGAAGGCCGCGCCGUUUGCAAAGCGUCAAAUCUUAACUCCAGCACGUCAGAAGUGUCCUUCCUAUAAACAGCCGGACUCCGAUGGGUAUUAAAUCUGUUAAUGAUGGAGAAAUUAUUACACGCUUUUCUUGAGUCUGAGCAAAGAGGCAUGGCCCGUGAGACCCCUUUAUUUUCUUUGCCAAGUCAAAUUCGAUGCGACAACUUAACACACCAACUACUUGCGAUGUUGCGAUUCAAACAGAUAUCCCUCCUCCGUAUGUGUUGGCUAGUGGGGAAAAUACUACUGGCUGUUUUGACAUUCACACACCCCGUAAACCGGUGGAAGACUACUUUGUUGCUUUACAUGACGCCUUACAGCAUCUUGUGACCACUCUGGCUCUUUACGACGGGAAUUGUCCUCUGUGAGGCUUUACUUUAGAUAUGCAAUCGCUUACCGUCAGACAGCACGGACAUGCCGCUCGCACGGAUAAGCAUCUCCUGUCGACUCCUGCAUCGCUGGUCAUUGUGUUCGAUGGUAUUCGAUAGUAUAGCUGGAAAAUUUACAGCUAAUCUAAGGUUCUGUACUUAUAUUUUGUUCCCAUUUUUUAAUUUCAUGUUAUUUUAGGAUAUUACAAAUACUUACUCGAGUUUUCCUUGCUUAUUUAGAAUAGUUUACGUUCUGGUCUAACAGAGACCCAAUACAUAAAUUCCUGUAAGGCAUCUCGCAUUGACUAAUGUGGAACAACAAUAUAUAUUCACUGGUAAUAUAAUUUGCUGAAUUAUUUUGAGUUGAUAUUAUAAACAACCUGCGUAGCCAAAUGUCACUUGUAGUCACGGUUAAUUUAGAAAGUAAAAAUAAAUUAAUAAAUAAACAAAAAUUACCUCACAUAAAAAAAACUAACUACAACAAAGUGUAAAAUCUUUUCUUAUAUUGUUUUGAUUGUUCCAUAUGUCAUAUCAGUACUUUCUUUUUCUUUCUAAGAGAUUAAACCUGGCACUUUGCUUCGUACAUUGUACUUUUCCUGAAUUUCCGUAAGCAUAUCCUUUCGAUGGUCACGAGAUUUCAAUUGAUAACCUCAUUGAAGGAUUCACUGUAUCAUAUUUGCAACUACUUAUAAGAGACGCAACAAAAUACACAAAAUUAGUACUAAUUUGACUAAAUUUGGCGAAAGAAGCAGGUUAUUACUGUUCCCAAAGAAAUAAUAGAAAUGAGUCCUGUGUGAGAUUUUGACGCUGAUGCUAGGUUCCAAGGUUCAAGUUAGGUCAAGCAGACUAUACUAUUAAACAACAGAAGACAAGUAAGAGUCUACUCUGCACUAGCGAAAAGUUUUGUAUACGUAUCCGGUUCGAGCGCUUUCCCUAUUGUUAAUUAGACCAAACCCUAGCUCAAGUCUAGAUUAUUGCCCUUCAGUUUCUUAGUCAGUUAGUAGUUAAUAACUGGCAAAACACGGUCAGGAGCCCAUAACCCGGAGCGAGCAACUUCCAUGCAAGGCCUAUUUCACGGCGUUUUUACGAACGGGUUUAUUUUUAGACACAUUUUAGGGCUCUUUUUCCCGCAAAAAUAGAAUCUUCAACAUGUCUAUGAGCGCAUUUGAAGUAUAAGAUAUCAAAAACGAAAACUAAAAACGUCAAUAAAAGGCAAAAUAUAUCAUAGUCAGGUCUGUUGGUUUUGCUGACUGGUUUGUGGAAUUUAAAAAUAUUCAAAAUUCGCGCCGAAACCGUAGUUCUAAAAGUAAACUCAAGUCCGUGAAAACGCCUAGACACAAACUUAUGGAAGUUACACGCUCCGGUUUUUGGGCUCCUCGUAAAACAUACACCCGAGGGCACAUAUUUUAGUGCCAGUUUAUUAAAAGAGCAAGGGGAAUGUGCCAUUUUCGGGCGGAAAUGAUGUGACAUUCAGUAUUUUUAAAAUACGAACAACAGCAACGACACAUAAAAAAAAUUAAAAAUAAUAAUUGUGGUAUUGGAUAAGAUAGAACAGAAUUGAAGUGUCUGAUAUUUAUUGAUUGACACCCGAUUGAAAUUAAAGACACAGACAAAGAGAAAACUGAGAAGUACCAGGACCUGAACCAGGAGUCGAAACGGAUUUGGAAAUUGCGCCUACUCUGAGGUUUUUUUAAAGUUUUUUUUCCUAGACGAUUAAACAUCAGCACUUAACGUUUUCAGUAGCUAUUUGUUUAUCCCUUGGGAACAUUUUGAGAUAAGUGGAGUGAUGUUCAGUUUCUAUGGUUACGAGAUACGACGUCAUUACUAGCAGGUGAUCAAGUCUUUGAGUGAAAAUGCAUGUUUUUGGAACUUCUUUUAACAAUGAAAGUAAAGCAUGUGGAUAAAAUGAUGCUUAUUUAUGUGUUAUUUUUCAUGUCAAGCACAAAACAUUACCAUUUAAUUAUCCCGGUUUUAAUCUGAUUUCUUAUUCUAGGUAACAUCCAAGAUGGCGUAAAGGUGGCGACCAUUGUUGAUGACGUCACAGGCCUCCAACAGCACCACCACUCAUCGCACAUCGCAUCCUCAUCUUGUUGAGAAGAUGAAAGGCUUUCCACUGAAGGCAAAAUCGUUUCGAAAUACUGCAACAUAUCAAAAAUUCUGGGGAGGGCUUCCAUCAAUCCCCCCGCCACUGUACCACGGUGGGGGUAUGAAUUUGCUUGUACGUCCGAGGGUUAAAUCAUAGUUAGUAGAGGUCGUAGAGGAGACUAAUUAUAAGAGGCGGCAAACAUCAAAAUUAUAAACAAGAGCGCUGCAGUUUGUGAGGGAGCCCUCAGUCGGAGGUUGAGUACCUUCAAGUGGACAAAAACAUAUAACUAAGGAGUCUGCUAGGCUCCAUGAAAUUUAGGCUAGACAUCUAGGUAGUCUCCUAUUUUUCCUACGCAAGGCACCAACGACGAGGUUGGCAAGGCAGGCGAGCCACGAGACACGCGCUCGCUUGUCGCGCCUCGCGACUUCGCGACUUCGCUUCUCGCGUGUUACGCCUGCCUCCCGGUAUACGCAGUCAGUAGCCCAUUUGUGGGUACAAGUGUAAAAGGCUCCUGUAAGAGGAGAGUUCGAAUUGUUAAAAUUCAUACUUGGCCCUAAGGCGGAAAUAUGACAAAAGAAAUGGCAUUAAAAUCCAGGGGUUAAUAAUUAUUUAUUUUGCAUUAUUUCCCUCAACCUUUUUGGAGCCAAGCCGAGCCAAGCACGAAUUCUAACAAUUCAAACUUGACUGUCACAGUGCUUCUCAGCCAGUUAGAGCAAAGUACGAUGAGAUGGGCAAACGAAUUUCACGUAGUAGUCGUACGCCGGUGACAACAAAGAAAUGAACCAUAAAAACGAACGCGCAAAAUUCUUACGCUUAUCAACAUGAUCAAACCCUAUUGCUUUUUUGACGUUCGCUUUGUUGUUGUCUCCAUUAGCUCUAGCCUUGGCUCUGGGUUGAUCGGCAUAGAACACGACAAGAACUUAAAUUUUGGUAUCGAAGGGCAACAGGUGCACAUCCGGUCAUAAAUAGUGAUAAUAAUGACAUAAUUAACAUGUUAAAAAAAACUUUUAGCUGACAUUAAAUAGCUAUUAAAUAAUACAUGUCAUACAGUAAAUUACAUUUCACUCAUUCGUUUUGUAAACCUUAAGUAGAUUAUACUAUUCGGCUCCUGUUGACCUGUAGAAUAGUCCAGCACCCCAUGCGGACAACUGAUUUGGCAAAUGAAAGUUUUGGCAUUUUAAUAAGCAAAAGCCUCUAUUAGGCUCGUGAUAAAAGUUUAUAAAUUGAAGGUAAGGCUGAUCGGACAACCAAGGGUUGGUUAUUUACAAAUUUAUUUACUCAAUAUUCCAAAUGGAUAAAACUAGUCUUCAUCAGGCGCUCGAAAAGCUAAGUGAGAAUAGCCGAACGCUUACAGUAUUUAAAAUAAUUCAAAGGCAAAUAAUAAUAUAUAUAUUUUAUUUCACAGAAGUUCAGGUUUCACGAGUAAUCAUUGUUUUAUUGCUACGGAACUGUUUCGUAUGGUGCAAGGACCACACUCAUCAGGCAAUUUUGACGACUGAACAAUUGCCUGAUGAGUGUGGUCCUUGCACCACACGAAACAGUUCCGUAGCAAUAAAACAAUGACUACUCGUGAAACCUGAACCUCUGUGAAGUUAUAUAUAUAUAGCUGAUGCUCCUCAAUCAAUUGAGUCGAGCGCUCUACGAAAUACGUUCUACUCAAAAAACGAAUUUAUAUUUUAUUUCUAUUUUUAUAUUAUUCUAUUCUCGACUCACUUAGCUUUUCUAGCCCUUGAUGAAGACUAGUUUUGUCUAGUCGAAAUAUUGGGCAAAUAAAUUUGUAAAUUAUUAACAUCAGCCUUGCCUUAAAUUUUAACUGUUAUCAGGAAAGAGUUUAUAUUGCUGAUCCUGAUCUACAACAUGCAAGAUCCUGCUUUCCCUCUCUGCUGUUUGUCCAAGUGGUCCGGCUUGCAAGAAUUGUUCGCAAAUUCCUCCUAUCUCCCUCUUUCUCCCCUCUCUUCCGAUUUUUUUUUUCAUCGGAUCCCCGUUUCGCGUACGCUGGGUGCCAGAGGCUUUUCAUGCGCGGUUUCCGGUUUCGGUCAAGUCUUAAAAAGCGACACGCGCGAAGCUCCCCGUUGCUCGCGAGAAAAAUCUCUAGUACCCAGGGUACAUUUCGCGCCAUUCUCUAGGCAUUCAUUAUGAUCUGUAGUCCGGAAGAGGCUGCCGAUGACACUACAUCAGCCUGUGACUGAGGCCUUUCCCUUCCCUUUCCUCGUUUUUUUUCCCCAAACAGAGAGCCUGUUCACAGGCUAACACUACAUAAGCUGUUCGGACCUGCUUUAGAGGUACCUCUAUACCUCCCCUUAAUAGACUGCUCACAGUCCCCCAUUUUUUUGUGAGAUCGUCGAGAUAUAGCGCGUCUUACCGUUAAAUGCGGCCAUCUUGAUUUGUACCGAGGGGUCGGGCGUCGGGUAUUAUAGCUCUAGGGGGAGGGAGGCCAGGAAACUAGAGGGACUGUGAUAGUCCCUCUAUUUUUGUCGCUUCCUUCCAAACCGCCCCCGCACCCUAAGUAGUUUUGACACUCAUGCAAGAUAGCAGCCCGUAACGCGAAGCGCUCGAUCUCGACGAUCUUACAGAAGAAGAGAGGACUUUGAACAGUCUAUCCCCUUAAGGGCUCAUCGCACGCUCCCACCCUGCUGGGAUUGCAGCAGAACUUGGAAUCCACGAGAACUAAGUCCUGGGGCAUUUCUCGAACAGCCGGCUGGCUAACUAAUCAAAGGAUUGACAAAAUGUUUCGUUGUAUGGAGGUAUUUUUUCUAUAUAUUUUCAAGAGCCGAUUACUGGUAAUCUGAUAAGUUUACAUGUGCUAUUACUAGCCAUAGGCCGAGGAAUAAUUAACAAUUAUUCCUUGAGCCCGAAAGGGCUCUGAGUCGAUAGCAGAGGCCGUGGGGGCGAGAGGAAUAAUUGUUUUUAAUAGUAAAAUCCAACUGGUUGGUCAAAAAUAUCAUGACAAAACAACUUUAGCUAGUUAAAGCUAGUCUUUAAUCCUUUUUGCCGCCAAAAAGCCGGUGUCACAGCGUUUUGGGCAUCCCCGCGUUUUGGGCAUCCCCAUUCCCAAAUCCCUAGCGUUUUGGGCAUCCCCUUCUCAUAUUACUGCAGCGUUUUGGGCAGUCCCCCGGUACCCUCCCCGGAUGCCCAAAUCCCUAGUGCUUUGGUCAUCCCCUCCAAAAAAUUUUGGAUUUCACCAGAAACUCGAAAACGUUUUAUAGAUAUCUUAAAAAGAAGGUUUAUGCGGAAAGCUUUACAAAGCAAGACAAAACGACUCAGCGAAAAUCUGUGAUUGACAAUCCCGACUUUUCCCCAGUCUGAAGUCGAAGCGAUCAGCGUUUUGGGCAUCCCCGGUGGGAUAUGGGAAUGGGGAUGCCCAAAACGCAGGGAUGCCCAUAUCACUGUGACACCGGCGUUUUGCGCUACUAGUGGGCUAUAACAUAUAGCCUAGUUGCAGCUCAACCAAUCAGAACGCAGCAUUGAUGAUAGACCACUAGUUGGAUUUUACUAAAUAAGAUUUUACACUUACCGUCCCUACCUGCAACCCUAUCGGUCCCUACAGAGAGGGAGAGGGUAAGAGAGAGAACUUGGGAACGAGGCCUCGGUCUCAGUAGCCUGCGUAGCAGGCGCUUGGAAGUAGUGGGCACAAGAAAAAACGGGCGCGCAAGAAGGAGACACGCGAGGGGAGAGGAAGCGCCUGCACGGAAGGCCCCCGAAAAUCGUUUCCCGCCCCCUCUCUAAUUACUUGGCAGCCGUUGCGUGAUCUGUCAAAAGUUUUGACAGAAAACGAUUGACCUCGCACAAACAAAGGAAGUCGCCAACAAGCGUUGUACAUUUUAUCUUCGGUCUAAAUAUAUCUGUUAUAAAGAUGAUUAUAUAUAGAGCGAUGGAGCAAUAAACUGAUGGUUAACACACAGCUUUAAAUCGUUUUUAACCAUGGGCACAAUAAAUAGGAAAUAACAAAGUCAAAACUGGGUAUCUUUUAAAGAAUGCAUGCUGUGUAUUAUAAAAACUAAAAAUAUUGUUCUGGUCAGACACCAACGAUCACAGCGUACGUGGAAAAUGACCUUAUUGCUUUUACUGCGCUAACUGGCAGCCGCUAACUGGCAGCCGUUUUUGGAGCACACAUGUCUUACUAAGCGGACCUAAACCUCAGAACACAAACUGUACCGACAUGUUUUCUACUGCAGUAAUGAGACAUAAACAACAGACCUCAGGUUGCCUCCGAACGGCCCUGGUAAGUGUUUCAUUUCAUCAAUCAUGUCCAAGUUUUGAUGCUAUACGUUCCAUCGACAACACAAGCCGCCAAGUUCUCCUGAGCAAAGAAUAUUUCCUCUGAUCUUCAUUGCAACGAUUCGACAAAUCUUUUGUCUCUCGCCACUUCUGCUGAUGCGUAUCCGAUGUCAAUUCUUUCCAUCGUGAAUACCCUUUGAACACUCCAACUUUUCUUUGAGAUUACAGCCACAUAGUCCCAUUAAACCAGAUUGAAGUGACCUCCGAGAUCUGAACUUCGAUUGUAUACAAUUUAGUGGUUUCAGGACCCAAUGGAGUAAUGCAAGAUCUUCACUACGUUGUCCAUGUACUAUUGAUUGACAGUUUUCUCGCCCCGCGCGGUUAAUUUUUCCCUCGGGAGCCUCUCGACCAAUUGGAAAUAUCCGCACUCACAGAGUGCGAGUUGAAACGAUUUUCGGGGGCCUUGCGUGCAGGCACUCCCUCACCCCUUGCGUUUCUCCCUCGCGCGCGCCCGUUCUCUCUUUCGCCCGCUACUUCCAAGCGGCAGCUACGCAGCUACGGUCUCAGAGACUUUUUCGUGCGUGGUAUUUGUCUUCAGGAAUACGACACCGAAGUAUCCCGCCGCACGCGAGAGAAAGCCCCUAGUUACCCAGAAGAGUACCCAACUAUCCAGGGUAUUUUACGUUGAACUCUAUAAAGCAAAGUGGUGGAGCGAGGGUUUGAAUUUAGUGUUUUCUUAAACCUUCUUAAUGACUAGGAUAAUGAAACGAGCAUUAGAAAAUUAAAAAGCCGGAAUGGGCGAUAAGAACGGGGGUGGACACACACACCGGGGAAAAGUAACUCAAGUAAGUUACUUAUCGAUUGAUAAGUAACAUAUAAUCGCUUUAGCAAAUGACCUUUGUCAUCUCCUUUCAAGGUUAUUGUCACGAAUAAAAGAACAAAGCUCAAGUCUUCAGUUGCGUGGUGUUUGCAGACACGUGCAAGGAAACGGAAGUUGGGGAUUGACAAAGGAGUAAACAAAAAUGUCUAUCCCUAAGAAACGCAAAGCUACAAAGGAAGCAUCCCACACUAAAAUACCGUAUAUGACCUAUAUAUAUCAGGUUCGGUAAAUCUAUUUUAAAAGUUGACCACAGCACCACUCCCAAACUUAUAAAUCCCUGACAACGGCUUUGUUUUCGCGAUAGUCAUAAAUAUCCGUAGAACAUGUAGCUGAAGAACUAGAUAGGAUCUGUGCUACAGCCAGCCUGUACCAGUGUGCUUUCUACUCGGCUGGCCUGCUAGUCUUUUUCCCUACUAAGUAAAUUUUUUUUAGAAAACUAGAAAAAACAAAUCCAGGUGCACUGCCCAGUAAGGCAAAAUUUUAGUUUCUAACCUCGGCGAAACGAGAACUUGUCAGGUUUUUCUUACAAAUAGUACAACUCAACCAUAAGAAACAUUUGGAGAGCAUUUCUCGAUAUCAAGACAAACAUGGCAAGCCAAAGUACAAUACCCAGGCGUUUCCUUGACCCAGCCUUCCUCAAGCUCAAUAAUUUUUGGCUUUUUUCCUCUUUUUUGCCCAACCAACGUAAUGGGAAACGAAAUUUUAUACGGAUGGCGGUUAUCACGCCGAUCCAAACUGGAGGAGAUGGAUAUUUUAGACGACCUCGAAAUUCUCCCAGGUUACAAAGCGCAAUUUAUGCCUAAUUUGACAGGUUCUUACUAAAUUUAAAUUAAAGAGGAAAAAAUCGAUCCUGUCUAUUCGAAACUAAAGUUGGAAAUAUUUCAAAUCCCUUUGCAAUGCAAACUUCCCCUAUCUCUGGCGCAUCGUUCAUCAUUGCCAUGUCGUGUAUUCGAAAAACUCAAAGUGCACACACCAUGUCCUACUUCAUCUGUCAAUCAACUGUUUGAGUUAAUCCAUGCCAGCGCCUAAGACCACGUGGUGGAAGUCUAGUAAAACUAAUCUUUGUUGCUUCUUAUUUACAGACUUCUACUGAUUUAUGUUUUAAGCACUUUCGUAAUGAUCAAAUGAAAUCACUAAAUCGCUUCAACACAUCCACUUUUUAAUGGCCUUUAAAGGGUCUUUUAAAUGAGAAAAGGCAUGAGCUCACGAGCCCGGGUAAGUGACACAUUCCUAAUGCCUUACGUAAGCGACGAUAACAAAACAAAUCACGUGAAUAUCAUGUGCCUCGCCUUUCAGUCAAAUAGGAAAUGCUGCCAUAAAGUCAGGUCUCUCGUUGAAGGCGUUGGUGCAGAGAAGUUUGUGUCUCCCGAGUUUGAAUCGUUGAUACCGAAAAACACUUACAUCUCGAGGUAAGUCCGUCCACCCUAUACUAGUAAGGAACUGUGCUACGCAAAAAAAUCGGCAUACAACAUUCAAUAAUGUAAAAGAUCAUCAUUUUUAAUGUUCAUCGUUCGAUUAAGAGAGUGACCGAUCUGAGGCCGCCGCCUUGUUUUACUCCUUUUAACUUGUGAAUACAAUCUGUGCACCAGUACUACGUUUAUAUUCUGUUAUAUUUCAGUUUCUUAGUAAGCUUUAAAGCUCUGUUAAUUUAAUUUUUCAUCAUGUUGUGCUUAUCUUAAAAUAAUUAAGAUUUUGUCGAUGCAACUUUUGGGGGACGUGGCUGUUAUAUAUUGAGUUGAUCCCUCCAUUUUGGAUCCAACGCAACAUUCACAUUCCCUGAAAUAAACUGCAGUGAUUUUUGUUGAACAAAAAAGGACUUUUACAAUGCCGAAUACUAAGGUUAAUUCCUUGCUGUGGACGGCACACUGUUGAUUACGAAAUCAGCAUGGCAGCCACAAGCAGUGCGCCUUAUAAUAACUCCGCGUGAUUUUACUACAGCAUGAGAAUGAUGUGAUCACUUUGUUUUGUAUUGUUGAGUCAAUUAAGCGAUACCUAAACGGAACUACAGUCGCUUUGUUAACUGUAGCCACUUUUUUCUCGUCCAGUGGAGCGCGAAAUUACCCAGUAUUUAGCACUGUUUAAUAUUGACGAGCGACGAACGCCCGACAAGAUCCAUGGCAUGGUCGCGGAACAACACCCUAAAAACUCCAUGUGAAAGUUCACACGAUUACACCAUUUUAUAUAAACCAAGCUUGAAAUAGAAAUGAUGCCCUCCUUUUCGAAAUGCGUUCGCUCAUCUUAAUCCUUCUGUACGUGUUGAAACGCGCGCUGGAUGUUGAUCACGAUUUCUUUAUUUAUUCUUUACUGAAACCAUGUCCGUUAUUUCAUUUGACCAUAAAGUCGAUCGACUUACGUGCGAUAUACAAUGUCGAAAUGCUUCUCAUUUGCCUCAUAAACUGAGCCUUGUUCGCUAAGUCGAAGGAAACGUUUGCAAUUUGCUUUCCUUGGUCCAUUUAGCAAUUGAAGUCUCGUUAAUUUCGGGCGCGCGCGAGAAAAAAUCGAUGUUUUAACUGAAAACCAUCCGUUGCCAAUAUAGUUUCGUAAUACUAGUGCUUAAUUAUUGAUGUUGUACUAGUUUGAAAUGUAACUAAGAGGUAGACACGUCCAUAAUUAUUUAAUAUAAUAUAUUACAGGAGUGGACAUGUACACUGUUCAUCGAUAGCAUUAUUCGUGAACCUUAUUUGCCUAUCAAUGUUUCACUUUUCAAUUCGCUAAACGUGUUUCACAAUCGAAGGAAGCUAAGGCCAGUCCUUCGUAUUACUUCAGCCGUAUGCACGUGCCGAGAACAAAACUUUGUAAAAUACGCAAGUAUCAUAAGUGACCUCGGUUUGUCAAACGCAUUGUUUCAUAUCGAAAGCAAACGUUAAUUAAAACAAAGCCCCUGUCGUGGCUAGCGACAUGUAGUUCGUGAAAUUUUAGACAUUUCCUCGUUGGCAUUCUUCCUACGAACAAUUUAUUAUUGGCAGCUUCUGAUCAAGGUAUACUGGUAUAAAGAGAGCUUGGAAACCUUCACAGAUAUGAGGAAUGAAGUUACCGGAGAAAUAGAAAUUAUUUCACCGCGUGGAGGUUUUGAAUUCCAGUCAUCUUUCUUCCUUGAAAUGCCGGAAAUCGGCGUCCCUUUCUGAUUGAUGUGAACUUCGCACUCAAGCCUAUCUGACGUUGUUCGUGAAAUAUGUUAAGCUGUUAAUUCAAGCGAUAGGUUUUCCUUUUUAUUUAUGAGAGCAUUAACAUUAAUUUAAAUAAAAAAGUGAGAGCCUGAUUGUAGAAAAAUGAACACUGUGGACUAUGUUUAAGCAACAAUUUUCAUAAUAGGUAAGGGAAAGAUGAGAAAUUUACGCAUCAAACCCCUUGCCAUCUCUUAAUAAAAUUUCUAAGCUAACACAACAUUUUACUAUUGAUCUUAUUAUUCAAUGAUAUACUCAGACAGUUGCUUUAACAAAAAUUGGGUUCUUCCAGAAAAAAUCCACACCCAGGUGAUGGAAGGCACCCCCAUCCACCUGGAUUUCCAAAACUGCUCGAGCCCCCCUCCCCUCAGGAUUUCCAAGUUCAAUGACCCCCCCCCCUCACCCGUAUGGAUUUGCACAAAAUUGUUAGACACUGUGAUUUUACUUAAAUUCACUUACAUGAUCUUUUUAUUAGAUAAGUUUCAAUUUUCUGUGAAUUCUGCGUUUGUUGGGCACGUUAAGAUUCCUUUUUCACGUCUUAUUAAACAGGCUUACACUGUUUGCAAAUAAGGUCAUAUUUCAGUGAACUUCUCUUUUUUUCUAGAACAGGCAAAAUAUACAGCAAUAUAUACUACAAAAUGGUUCUCUUCUUUGUCAAUUAAAAAAUGACUGUGAAAGAAAGAAAAAGGACACUUGUCGGAAUAUUUCAUGAUGCCCCGUAUCGCUUGCCUUUCAAAAUGGCCGCCAAACAAUCACGAACAACCACGCUUACAAAAUGUACUUGUAAGGCCUGUUUAGUGGAAAAUCACCCUGAAAUAGCAUUAACCUUGGAAAAAUGUAUAAUUCAAGGUAAAAUCGCUGUUUACUUUACUUAAACUGAGUGUUUAUUUAUGAAUUAUGCGAUUUUUCCUCCUUCAAGUUAUCGCUCGUCGUUUCUACAAAAGUAAGGAGGGCAAACCUAUGGAUGGAAACUUAAAAUAAAGGUGGUGAGAGGUCUGUAGUUUGAAAGAAUAAUAAAAUUUGAAAAGGCAAAGCAAUUUUUUGAAAACUUAUCGAUAGAAGUGUUUAAAACAUCGAUGAAAUUGAAAGUUACCCCCAAGGAUGUAUUUUUAGGUUCAGAGCCCCCCUUCCCUCUGGAUUUCCAGACCCGUUAACCCCCCCCCCCCUCCCCUGAGAUUUUCCAGCAUGCCUUCCGUCAUGAAGGUGUGGAUUUUUCUGGAAUAACCCAUUGUCUGUUUUUUGUUUAUCUUUGUGCACCAAAAAUAAGAGUUUCAUUUUGUUCUUAGAUGGAGAAAAUCAUCAUUUUGUCAUUUGUUCUUCUUGCUUGU